AGGAUUAGAUCGCGGCCACGCAGUGCCUCCUGAAGUCGUGUGUGUCGACCUGAGCAGAGUGUGCCUGAAAGACUGCACACCACAGGAAUGUGAGGAAGAAGCUUCCAGAGCCAUUGCUUCACAGAAGCUGUUUUCUAAUGAAGGUAGAGUCUGGAACUUCUCAGAGCUCCAGGAGUACUGCAAGGAUGAAGAAUCUUGCAUUAAACUCUGCACUCGCCUUCAAACACGUGGAUUUAUCAUCACGAACAGUCCCCAAGCGUUUUCGACAGUUGUGCCAACAGCGAGGUCUGAUAAGAAGGAAAUUCUUGCCGUGGCCAAGAAGGAUAUUGAAUAUUUCCACGCAAGACUUUCAGGCGGUGAUUGCAUCCCCACAUAUGCAAUGACUACCUUCAGACAGUACUGCGAGGCCAUCCUGAUUUUACAACAUGGACUGACAGGAAAUGCUGUUCAAGAACUUUGUGUAGAGGACUGGAUGGCGCGGAAAGCAGUAGCUGAUGGUGUUGAGCUGAGUGGUAACUUGAAGAUAACCAGCCAGGAAGAACAAUUGUUGGACUGCUAUUUUAGGAACAUCCGUCCAGUGUCCUUGCAAAAUCAAAUUGCUGGCAGCGAUGACAGGGGCAAGUUCUUCCUAGGAGAAUGUGGGGUCCCACUGUCCAACCCAUCAUUAGAUGUAAAACGCCUGAAAGCGAGCUACAGGAGGACAAUAAACAGAAGAAGGAGAGCGGCACCAAAGAGGCGAAAAAACGAAAGAGCGCACCACCUCCUCCCCCAGAAGGCAAUAGAAUAUCAUCAUGUUAAAUGCCACUUUUUUUUGGGGGGGGGGGCUUUUUUUCCCAUUCAGAUUGCAUGGUUUAACAUGCUAUGCUUUGUUGAAGUUCUUUGUGUUUCAAUAAACUCCCUGUAUUUACACAGUACUGCAUUGACUUAUAUUUUCCCAGUAACAGCGGAUUACCAUGGAGCGUACAGUUUUCAGUUGAGGUUGUAGAAGUCUGGCAAAGCAAAAAUAAAAAUAAUAAUAAAAAAAGCUGUUUAGAUCCACAGCUCAAAAAACUCCUACGAGGGCAGGAGGAUGCCACCUUUACACAACAUGACAGUCAACCUCUACCACGGACGCGGAGUCAGGACCCGCUGUUCACUUUCAGUCCAAAAGUCUGGAACAGCAAAAUCAGUGACUUCAACUUGGUGGGGAAAAUGUGUCA